CGGCCGCGAGGUCUUCUUUGUGUCAGUGUGCGUCACACGUGUACCAACACAGAAUAACGUGCGUAGGCAAGUAGUAACAAUAUCGUGCAUGACACAGAAUACAUGAAGAAUUGACUUUCGACCAUUUCAUGUGUGAUCAUCCUGGGGCUUGUGCGGAAGAUUUCAUCUGUAUUUGUAUAAUUCGGUUUCACAUGCCACUAUGAAGUACAUCUUGGUCACUGGCGGUGUCAUAUCCGGAAUUGGCAAGGGCAUCAUUGCCAGUAGUGUGGGCUUAAUCCUGAAGUCCUGUGGUCUGCAUGUGACUGCCAUCAAAAUCGACCCCUACAUCAACAUUGAUGCUGGCACCUUCUCACCUUAUGAACAUGGUGAAGUGUUUGUGUUGGACGAUGGAGGUGAGGUGGACCUGGAUUUAGGAAACUACGAGCGCUUCCUGGACAUCAGACUAACCAGGGACAACAACCUAACCACGGGCAAAAUCUACCAGUCAGUCAUCAACAAGGAGAGGAGGGGAGACUACCUGGGCAAAACUGUACAGGUGGUGCCACACAUCACAGAUGCCAUUCAGGAGUGGGUGAUGAAGCAGGCCAAGAUCUCAGUGGAUGACGAUGGGGUGGAGCCACAAGUCUGCGUUAUAGAGUUGGGAGGCACUGUGGGAGACAUUGAGAGCAUGCCAUUUAUCGAGGCCUUCAGACAGUUCCAGUUCAAAGUGAAGAGGGAUAACUUCUGUAACAUUCACGUCAGCUUAGUCCCACAGCCCAUUGCAACAGGAGAACAGAAGACUAAACCCACUCAGAACAGUGUCCGAGAGCUCCGUGGACUAGGACUCUCCCCAGACCUGAUCAUGUGCCGCUGUGCGACACCUCUGGAGAAUGCUGUCAAAGAGAAGAUCUCCAUGUUCUGUCACGUAGAGCCCACGCAGGUGAUCUGUGUGGCAGACGUGUCGUCCAUCUACAGAGUACCCCUCCUACUGGAGGACCAGGGGGUGGUGGGCUACAUCUGCCAGCGGCUGGACCUGCCUAUUGAGAUGAGGGCCAGGAAGAUGCUCACCAAGUGGAAGGAGAUGUCCGACAGGUCUGACCGACUCCUGGAACAUGUGUCUGUCGCCCUGGUAGGGAAGUACACAAAGUUCUCUGACUCAUAUGCUUCUGUCAUCAAGGCCCUGGAGCACUCAGCCCUCGCCAUCAACCACAAACUAGAGAUCAAGUUCAUAGACUCUGCAGACCUAGAGCCAAAUACACUGCAGGAGGAGCCUGUGAAGUACCAUGAGGCCUGGCAGAAACUCUGCAGUGCUGAUGGUGUCUUGGUACCUGGAGGCUUCGGUGUACGGGGGACAGAGGGGAAAAUCCAAGCUAUCAGCUGGGCCAGGAAAAAGAAAAAGCCAUUUUUAGGGGUAUGUUUGGGCAUGCAGUUGGCAGUGUGUGAAUUUGCCCGCAAUGUUCUUGGCUGGCAAGAUGCCAACUCUACUGAAUUCCACCCAGAAUCUAAACACCCUGUGGUGAUUGACAUGCCAGAACACAACCCUGGGCAGAUGGGUGGGACUAUGAGGUUGGGGAAGAGGCGGACCAUCUUCAAAUCCAACACCAGCAUUUUGAGAAAGCUGUAUGGCGAUGCUGAAUAUGUUGACGAGAGGCAUCGCCACCGCUUUGAGGUGAAUCCUGAGCUGAAGCACCACUUUGAGGAGAGGGGCUUCCAUUUUGUCGGCCAGGACGUGGAGGGAGAGAGGAUGGAGGUCAUUGAGCUGGAUGAUCAUGCCUAUUUUGUUGGAGUGCAGUACCACCCAGAGUUCACUUCUCGUCCUAUCAAGCCCUCGCCCCCCUACUUUGGCCUCCUGCUGGCUGCAGCAGGGAAACUCCAGAGCUACCUACAGAAAGGUUGUCGCCUCUCACCACGAGACGCAUACAGUGACCUCAGCGACAGCAGCUCUCCAGAGUCUGAGAUUGCUGAACUGAAAUUCCCGUCUGUCCCCUAGGAGUUACCAGUUACAUGCACCUGUUGCUCUGUUUAUGCUGGUACUGCUGUUACAGGGACUAUUUCAUUGUGCCUGUUCACCUCACCUGUUUGAACUCAAUACAGCAGCCUCCGCUCAUCUACCUGAAAAUAAAUACCUUUCAUAUCACCCAACAGAAGGUCAAAUUACUGAGAAAAGUAGCUCUCUGAAAUGACGCAGGCAACCAAAAUGGCAAGAUUUUAGACUAUUGUUAGGCAUUUAUCACUACAAUUGAAUGCAACAUAUCAGCAUUACUAUGCCCCCCCCCCUUUUUAAAAAAAAAUGUUAUUCUUCAAAGUGAAACUUUGGCUAAGAACACUAUUGUUAUUUGUUAGGCCAGAAGGAACAACGGUGUGAAUACAGAUUGAUAAUAUAUGUAAAUGUAGUCAGAUGUAUGUGCUUGUCAAUUUCCCUCAGAAAAAGCCACCCAGCCAGGUGUUAUUGAAUAAAACAGUGAUGCACUAAUGAAUGAAUGGAAGAUGAAAAUAAAGAAUCUGUGAAUUUUGUCCA